GGCAUAGACCAGAAAAAGAGAACUCCCUAGGAUUUACUCCGCCCAAUUGCCCAAUGUAACCCGCAACAAGCAACUCUGGCGGGUCCCACAUGACAGCGGUGAGAUUUGUUUGGAACCCAUGUGGGGCUCUCUCUCUCUCUCUCUCUCUCGUUCGCUGCGCCCAGUGCCUAAAAGAGACGCAGGAUCGAUGUCUCGCAUUGCUUUGCUCAACGCCAAAGAGGCAGAGAGCAGCACUGUAGCCCAUCACGCGGUGGGAGCUCCCUCUGAUCUCUCGUAAACUGCAACCACCACGAGCAUCACCAGUGUACUGUAGCUAGGUAGCACUGGAGAGCAUGAUAAUAGCUGCUCUUUAAAUUGCUGCUCUCUUCUUCUCUCUGGCUCUUUUAUACUCUUUCAUGCUCUCCCUAGCAUUUGGGAGGCAAGCUGGUAAACGCUCAGGUUCAGUAGCUAGCUAGCGAUCAUCAUGGGGAAAAGGGGAGGUGGGAGCUCUUGGCUCACCGCCGUCAAGAGAGCCUUAAUUAGAUCCCCUUCCAAAGACAAGGACGAUGAAGAAAAGCGAGCCAGGAUCAGCAGCUGCCAGCAAAGACUGGCACCACCAGCCGCAGCGACUGUGACCUACGACAAAGGCACGCUAUCGCCUGGCCGUUGCCUACUGUCUGCGACAGCAGAGGCCGCUGUUGCUACCGCUCAAGCAGCGGCAGAGGUUGUGAGGCUCACAAGGCCCAGUCCCGUCUUCAUCAAGGAGCACCGUGCCGCCGUCUCGAUCCAAACUGCAUUUAGGGGGUAUUUGGCGAGGAGAGCACUGAGGGCGCUGAAGGGGUUGGUGAAGCUGCAAGCUCUAGUGAGGGGUCACAAUGUGAGGAAGCAAGCUAACAUGACACUUCGAUGCAUGCAAGCGCUCGUUAGAGUUCAAGCCAGAGUAAGAGACCAAAGGAUGAGGCUGUCUCAGGAUGGCGUCGGGUGUAGUAGUACUAAAUCUUCGCUUAGCUGUGAUACUUCCAUGUGCAUGGACUCCAGAUAUCUACAAGAGUUGGCCGAGCGCAGAUCCAUGUCGAGUGGCUUUGCCGCCGAUGAUUGGGAUGACCGUCCGAGGACGAUCGAGGACAUCCAAGCGAUGCUGCAGAGCAGGAAAGAGGCUGCCCUCAAAAGAGAAAGGGCUCUCUCUUACGCAUUCUCACAUCAAGUAUGGAGAGCAGAUAGGAAUCUGUCUCAACCCCUCGCAGAAGACGAAGAAAUGGAAGCAGAGCAAGAGCCCCCGCGCUGGCUCGACCGGUGGAUGGCAUCUCGAUCCUCCUUCGCAAACCACAGAAGCAGCAGCAGGUCAAGAACCUCAACGGACCACCGAGACCCGAUUCAAAAACCCUGGAAUGUUGACACCGGCCUCCUUACUCCUACUCGACUCCCACAGCAGAAGGCAACAUCCAGCCUCAUCUCCCCUCCACAAAGCCCCACCAGUACCCCAUCACCCCCUCCCCUGAAAGCUCGGCCAAUUCCAAGUCCGGUCGGCGAGUCCCGUUGA